AUGAAACGCAAAUCUUCUGAAAUUCAAGAUGCCGAAGACAGAGUUUCGCAGUUAUUGUUUCAUAAAACAAAGAAAUUCGUAGAAAAUUUACAUACGACGGCGGAAGAAAAAGAUGUUAGUUUAGACCUGAAACCAGCAUGGGUUGAUGAAGAUGAUGAAAACUUUGGAGCAAAUAUUAUACCGAACAUUAAAAGUACAGGUCUUUACACUGAAAAACUAAAGCAAAAAUAUGAAACCUUAAUGGGCACUCCAAGUUGGGCUACUUUGAAUAAUAAGGCUAAAACAGACGAAGAAGAUGAUGAAAUAUUGAGAACUGUAGGACAUUUACACAAGAAGAAAGUAACCCACUUACCCAAAGAUUUCUUAGAGAUAAAGAAAUUCCCGUUGAUCAAUGCUGCAACUAAAAACGAGGGACCUAUUGUAUCUUGUGUUGAAUUUCAUCCUAAAGUAAGUGCUGCUCUUGUAGCUGGCCAUUCAGGUGCAGUUUCAUUGUUUUCUAUUGGUACAGAUGUAAAUAACAAACUACACAACUUUACUCUUAAAAAGUGGCGUAUAAGUGCAGCUCAAUUUUCACCAGAUGGAUCAGAAGCAUUUAUUGCUUCUAAAAACAACCACACUUACUGUGUAUAUAAUCUUGUUAAAGCUGAACCUAAAUUGGUUCAGUUGCCUCGUGCAGUCAAGAAACCUGCAAUUUUUAAAUUGUCAAAUGAUGGUAAAUAUUUGGCAACUUCUGAUGGCUUUGAAGAAGUAUACCUGAUAUGUGCUGCAUCCAAAGAGCUGUUGAAAUCUCUGAAACAUAACAGUAACGUAGCAUCAUUAGCAUUUAGUCAUGAUUGCACACAGUUGUACUGUUACGGAGUUGAAGGACAAAUCACAAUAUGGGAUCUGUCCACACUCAGACCUUUAAAGAAAUUCUAUGACCAUGGAUGUGUAACAGCAUCUUGUCUUUCUUUAAGCAAAUGUGGUAAGUUGUUAGCUACAGGCAGUGGAGAAGGUAUUGUCAACAUUUAUCAAACUGAGAACUUAAAUGUACCUGAACCCGUUCCAUCGAAAGUAAUUUCUCACUUAACAACCAAAAUAACAAAUCUAAAUUUUAAUUCCACUACAGAAAUACUUUCAGCAUCUUCUGCAUAUUAUCCAAAUGCUGUGAAACUUGUUCAUAUUCCAUCUUACCAUGUUUUUGUUAAUUUCCCAUGCCCAAAAUUGAACCACCAUCAAAUUGACACUGUAAAUUUUUCCCCUAAUAGUGGUUACAUGGCACUCGGAAACAAUAAAGGAAGUGCAUUUUUGUAUAGACUUAAGUAUUAUAAAAAUUAUUAA